AUGGCGGUGCCUCCUCCUCCUCCUCAUCCUGGCCUUGGCCGCCUCGUCCAGCGCCCCAACGGGGGAGGCCUCGUCGGCUUCCUCCAGGUGAAGCGGCGCACCUCCACCUACGGCCCUGACAUCCCCCGCCUCAGGCUCUUCGUCAAGCACGAGACCAUGGACAGGGUACGGGUGCAGAUAACGGACGCGGAGAAGCAGAGGUGGGAGCCGCUCUUCAACACCAGCCGCGCCCCGCUGGUGUUCAAGGACCAGUACCUGGAGGUGUCCACGCGCCUUCCCGGCGACGCCGCGCUCUACGGGCUCGGCGAGAACACGCAGCCCGGCGGCAUCAAGCUCCGGCCCAACGACCCCUACACGCUCUACACCACCGACGCCUCCGCCAUCAACCUCAACACCGACCUCUACGGCUCCCACCCGGUGUACGUGGACCUCCGCAACCUCGCCGGCCGCGGCGUCGCGCACGCCGUGCUGCUGCUCAACAGCAACGGCAUGGACGUCUUGUACACCGGCACCUCGCUGACCUACAAGGUCAUCGGCGGCCUCCUCGACUUCUACUUCUUCGCCGGCCCGACGCCGCUCGCCGUCGUCGACCAGUACACCGCCAUGAUCGGCCGCCCCGCGCCCAUGCCGUACUGGGCAUUUGGGUUCCACCAAUGCAGGUGGGGAUACCAUAACCUUUCGGUGGUGGAGGACGUGGUGGAGAACUACCGGAGCGCGCAGAUCCCCCUGGACGUGAUCUGGAACGACGACGACCAUAUGGACGCCAGGAAGGACUUCACGCUGAGCCCCGUGAACUACCCGCGCCCCAAGCUGCUGGCCUUCCUCGACAAGAUCCACGCGCGCGGGAUGAAGUACAUUGUCCUCAUCGACCCCGGCAUCAACGUGAACCACACCUACGGCGUGUACCAGCGCGGCAUGGACCGCGACAUCUUCAUCAAGCUCGACGGGCAGCCAUACCUCGCCCAGGUCUGGCCCGGCCCCGUCUACUUCCCGGACUUCAUCAACCCCAACGGCGCCUCGUGGUGGAUCGACGAGGUGCGCCGCUUCCACGAGCUCGUCCCCGUGGACGGGCUCUGGAUCGACAUGAACGAGGCCUCCAACUUCUGCACCGGCAAGUGCACCAUCCCGACCACGCACCGGUGCCCGGACCCGACGUCCAAGGAGCCCUGGCUGUGCUGCCUCGACUGCAAGAACCUCACCAACACCAGGUGGGACGAGCCGCCGUACAAGAUCAACGCCUCCGGGAAGUCGGCGCGCCUCGGCUACAACACCAUCGCCACCAGCGCCGUGCACUACAAUGGCGUCCUGGAGUACAAUGCCCACAGCCUGUAUGGCUUCUCGCAGGCCAUCGCCACGCACAAGGGGCUGCAGAGCAUCCAGGGCAAGAGGCCGUUCAUCCUCACCAGGUCGACGUUCGUCGGCUCCGGCGCCUACGCCGCGCACUGGACCGGCGACAACAAGGGCACCUGGGAGGACCUCCGCUACUCCAUCUCGACCAUGCUCAACUUCGGCAUCUUCGGCAUGCCCAUGGUCGGCUCCGACAUCUGCGGCUUCUACCCGGCGAGCCCGCCGCCGCUGGAGGAGCUGUGCAGCCGCUGGAUCGAGCUCGGCGCCUUCUACCCCUUCUCCAGGGACCACGCCAACUUCGCCUCGCCGAGGCAGGAGCUCUACCAGUGGCAGUCCGUGGCGAGGUCCGCCCGGAACGCGCUCGGCAUGCGCUACAGGAUGCUCCCCUACCUCUACACGCUCAACUACCAGGCGCACCUCACCGGCGCUCCCGUCGCGCGCCCGCUCUUCUUCUCCUUCCCGGACUUCGCGCCGUGCUACGGCGUGAGCAACCAGUUCCUGCUCGGCGCCGGCGUCAUGGUGUCCCCCGUCCUCGAGCAGGGCGCCAGCUCCGUUGACGCGGGGCAGGCGACGUACGCGCGGUUCCACGCGGCCGUGCGCGGGGGCAAGGAGGUGACGGUGCGGUCGGACGUGGCCAUGGGGAGCUACAGCAUGCACAAGGGCCUCGUCAUCGAGAAGAUCACCGUGCUGGGGCUGCACGGCGCCGGCACGGACCUCGCCAUCCAGGUCGACGGCGCGGACGACGCCACCGCGGUCGCGACAUCGAGCCCCUACUUCGCGGCCGCCGACGCCGCGCAGGUGCUGCGCCAAGGAGAAGAAGAUGACGCCGUGGAGGGUGAAAAGAGGAGCGGCGUGACGAUGGAGGUGGGCGGGCUGGCGUUGCCGCUGGGGAAGAGCUUCACCAUGACGUGGAACAUGCGCAUCCAAGCAUAG